AUGGUUGAUACGAAUGAACUCCGGGCGGAGAACCUCUUCUCCAUGAAGAACCAUGUUUGUGUGAUCACGGGUGGUGGGACUGGUAUAGGACUCAUGGCAGCACAAACAUUGGCUGCUAAUGGCGCAAAAGUAUACAUCACAGGCCGCCGAAUGGAAGCCCUCGAAAACGCAGCUAAACAACAUUCACCCACGUCUGGAGGAUCUAUUAUCCCAAUCGGCCCCUGUGACGUAACCAGCAAGAAAGAUCUUGAAAAUCUCGUUGCCGAGAUUAGCAAAAAAGAAAACUACAUCAGUCUCCUCCUCGCCGGCGCAGGUAUCUCUGGUCCCAAAGUGGAACCAAAUUCUUCGAAUGCCGUCGAACUAAAAGAGAAGCUAUUCAACUCUGAAAGUUUCGAGGAAUGGGGGACUACCUUUAAUACUAACGUAUCGGCUGUGUAUUUCACCACCGUAUGCUUUCUUCCACUCUUGCAAGCCGCGCAUAAAGUUCAUGGAAGUAUGUCGUCUUCGGUAAUAGUCAUUAGUUCCAUGAGUGGCAUUAUGAGACAUGCUCAAGGUCAUUUCUCAUAUAAUGCGGCCAAGGGUGCUACGGUGCAUUUGAGUAAGUUGAUGAGCUAUGAGUUUAAGACAAUUGGGGUUAGAGUUAAUAGUAUUGCGCCGGGAUAUUUCCCGAGUGAGAUGACAGUUGGGGAGAGUGAUGGGAAUCAAAAAAGUCAUUUGGAGGAUGAGAAGAUACAGGAAAAGGGUCAUGUACCAAUGCAAAGGGCGGGAAGUGACGAGGAGAUGGCGAUGGCGGUGUUAUUCUUGUCGAAAAACAAUUACGUUAAUGGAGAGAUUAUUGCGGUUGAUGGAGGUGUUCUUUUGGAGGUUCCCGGAAAACUUGACAUCAAGCAACUUGAAGCGCAACUUAGUUUCCUCCGUCAACCCGUCCUCUCGCCUAAUAUAGACUGGACAGAGCGCGUGGAUAGAGUGAUCGAGAUUUGGAAUAAGGGAUUCUUCGUUCCUCGGGGAUCAAAGAUUAUAGAGGAUAACGAUGAGCUGUCACAUUCUCUCGAGCGCAUGCUUGGUCGUCAUAAUCGAGGAAUGAUGUCAGGGCUUUAUCGGCUCUGUGUUUCCCAACGACGAGGGAAUCAAAUUGGAAGAAGUGAACUCGUUGCCGACGCAAACGGUUUCUGUAUUUGUAACAUGUUCAUAGCAGAUAAUAGAGAACUACGGGUGGGCGGUAAGCGAAGUUUCGUGGCCCAUAAACACGGUAUUAGUAUUGGUGAUCGUAAACUCGGAGGGAAAGGUCGUCUACAUACGCAUAUGAAAGAUCAUUAUCGAGGACGGAGACGGAGACACGAACGAGGGAACCGACAUCAUGGACGUUCGCAUCCACAUCGUGGUCGACAUAGAAGAAGAAGAGGAAGUGGAAGAGAUCAUUUUUCCUCCCUCACCUCUUCAUCUUCCUCGUUCAGUCUCUCAAGCUCCGAUUCAGACGCAUCCGUGGGCUCUCUAACCGAAUAUGAUCAUCUCGAAAACCAGCGACUGCUAGCUAAUAAAGAUACGUUGAUAGCAUGGCUCAAUCACCCCGAAUACCAAAAUCGCAAUUUCGUUAAGCCAGCCUCUGGUCAAGAACUCGAGUCCUUGCGAAAAAGAAGUCAAAGAGCUCCACAAGAGGUUCAAAAACGAGAAGGAAUAAUAAAACAACCAACCCACCUCCAAGCCGCAUCUCUCCUAGCGAAUGCAAGCGCCAAAGAAGCUGAAGCAACCAACUUCAGAGUCAUAUUAGAUGACGAGAAUGAGGGUAGGUAUACGAAUAAGCAUGUAAAUGGGGAAGAGAAAACAAGAGCAAAUAUGAAAGAACAAGGGAAAGAAGAGACAAGAAAAGAAAUAGAGAGAUUAGAAGAAGAAGCGGCGGAAUUGUCGAGGGGGGAGAGAGAAUGA